GGCGGGCAUAGUCUCACCUCGCAAGCUACUCCAGAGCAAGCACGAGCAAGCACGCUCUGCAAGGCCCUACAAUGUCCCAACAGCAAGCCCAAAAGGGCGGGCAGAUUACUUUUGUUACGGAAUAUCCGCCGCCGAUACUUGAGCCCUGCGACCCGCGACCCGCGACUCGAGCAUCUGUAAUCGUGACGUCGUGAAUUGCGUCACGUCCAUCGCCCAUCGCACUCUUGUUCCGGAAGCCAUCGUGGCGGCAGUUCGUCGCACGAAUUCAAUCGUGAGCACCACCACCGCAGCCCGCUUCAUGUUUGGUCGAGUGCGAUCCCUGUCGACGACGAAGAUGGCGACCAACAUGAACGUGCUCCACUUUACCGAGGCCAUGAAGCUGGUCUACGGGAGUUUCGACCAUCUAACCGAGGAGGCCGCCCGCCGGUGGACCGCCCCGGACAAGCCCGGGGCCGGGGGACACCGCGGCAGGUACCUGUGGACGGACGCCUUCGGGGUCGUCAACUUCAUCACCCUGUCCAGGGAGACGUCGUCGCCCAUCUACCUCGCCCUGGCAAAGCGGCUCGCCGAGACGGUGCACGACGUCCUGGGCCGCACGCGCGACGGCACCGCCCGGCUGCCGCGAGCAACCGACGCCGAGCCGCUCAAGGGCGGGCUCCGCAUCGGCAAGCUCUCGGAGCAUGGCAGCGACUGCGACGGGCAGUAUCACCAUUACCUCACCCUCUGGAUGUUUGCGCUGAACCGGCUGGCGCUCGCCACCGGCGAGAAGGAGUACAACCAGCUGGCGGUGCAGCUUGCCAAGGCCAUCCACCCUCACUUCGUGAUCCGGCGGCGCGAGGACGACGACAGCGAAGGCAGCAGCGGCAGCGGCGGCGGCAGUGGCAGCAGCAGCGGCAGCCAGGCGGUCCGCAUGGUCUGGAAGAUCUCAACCGACAUGGACACGGUGCUCGUCCCAUCGGAGGGCCACCUCGACGCGGCGACGGGCUACGUGGUGUACCGGCUGCUGCAGCGCACGGCGGAGCACAUGCACGGCGCGCCGCCUGGCACGCCGGGGCCGCUGAGCGGCGAGAUCGCCGACUACCGGCGGCUGAUGGGCCGCGGCGGCAAGAUGCACGCCAGCCGCGACCCGCUGGACCUGGGCAUGGGCCUGUGGAUGUGCCACUUCUUCAAGGACGAGCCCUGGGCGGCCGCGCUCGGCAGCCAGAGCCUCGACAUGGCGCGCGCCAUGCUGGACGAGAAGCGCGGGCUGAUGGCGCGGGAUGCGUCGCGCCGGCUGGCCUUCCGCGAGUUCGGCACCUGCCUCGGCCUGCAGUGCUACGGGGCCGACGAGGAGACCAGGCGGGGCGUGGAGGCGGUCGUCAAUUUCUGGCAGCAGCACAUCGAGCGGUCGACAGAUGAAGAUCUGCGCCCGAUUUCGCUGGCCAUGUAUGCCGCGGCGCUGAUACCGGGAGGUGAGUGUUCACUGUCUGUGGACUCGCACCAGAGACCUCUCCCGGCCGUCUUCGCCCGAGGUGGCACGUCCAAUGGACUCGUCUUCUGGAGACACCAUCUGCCGCCCAUCCUGGACAUGGCCGGCAACUGCGGCAACAUGCUCUCCGUCGUCGGCCCCGUCGCCUUCGACGACGCGCCCGUCCCGCUGGGCCGCGUCGAGGGGGUAGCGGAUCCCGCGACCGGCGCGCGCACGGCCGUCGUGCGCAUCCUGAACACCAACACGUCCAAGGUGGUGCACGCGCGCUUCCCCGUCGUCGGAGACCCGCCCAGGUACUGCCCCGACGGCGACUACGAGAUGGACGGCGUCCCCGGGAAGCAGGCCCGCAUCGCCCUCCGCUUCCUCGGCCCCGGCGGCGCCAAGACCGGCAGGACGCUGCCCACGGGCAACCCCGUCGACGCCCUCGCCCUGCCCGGCGGCGCCACCAUCGAGGCGUCCCUCGUCGACGUGUCCAACCCCGGUGUGUUCGUGCGCGCGUCUGAUGUCGGCUUUGGCGUCGGCGAUGCUGCUACUGCUUUGUUGACACCUGCCGCGGUCGACGCGGACGUGGCGCUCAAGGCCCGUCUGGAGCAGAUCCGCCAGGCCGGCGCCGCCAUGAUGGGUCUGGAUCCCCAGACGCAGAGCGUGCCCAAGAUUGUCCUUGUGUUCCCCCCGGAUGUCGCCCGGCACAGCCCGGGAGUCGACGUCAAGUGCCUCGCGCUGUCGAUGGGGCAGGCACACAAGGCGGUGCCGCUGACGCUGGCCCUGUGCCUGGCCGCCGCCGCGAAGCUGCCGGGGACGAUACCCUUUCAACUGGCGUCCGGGGCAUCGAAGGAUGCAGGCGCUGUUGUGAUUGGCCAUCCGAGCGGCAGGCUGGACAUCGGCGUAGCAGUCGAGAAUGGCGAAGUCCUCUCGGCGGAGCUGUACAGAACCGCUCGCGUCUUGAUGAGAGGCGAGGUGUAUUACUGA